AUGCAGGACAUAGGAAGGUAAUCUCCAAAUAGUCGGAAGCUUUUUGUAGGCGGCCUCGCUCCACACACGACAAAAGACACCUUGCAGAGCCAUUUCAAGAAGUACGGGACAGUCCAGGACUGCAUUUUGAUGAUGGAUCGCGCGUCUGGGCGAUCACGGUGUUUUGGAUUUGUCACGAUGAAAGAAAACGAGUCUGCUGACAGCAUCUUGGCAGAAGAACAAUUAAUUGACGGCAAAAAAGUCGACUGCAAGCUCGCUGUCCCACGAGAACAAGGCGCGGCUGCGAUCACUGAAAAUCCUGCUCCAUAUCGGACCAAAAAGAUCUUUGUGGGUGGGCUGCCUCCAGAUGUGACGCAGGAGAUGUUCAUUAAUUUCUUCGAGCAGUUCGGACAAAUUGAGGACAGCGUCGUCAUGUUUGACAGAGAAACAGGCAGACCCCGAGGGUUCGGCUUCAUCACAUUCGUAAGUGAAGACAGCGUUGACAAAGUCAUCGAAAAUAACGAAAACAACUAUAUCAGUGGCAAGUGGGUGGAAUGCAAAAAGGCCAUGCCAAAGCACAACCAGCAGGAAGAAAGAUAUGGUAACUACCAAGGCUAUACCAACCAGCCUUAUUAUAACCCGCAGUACUCCAGCCAGCCUUACACGAACCAGUACCAAAACCAAAUGUACUCUACCCAAGGGUACCAGGGGCAGCCGUAUAUGAUGUACCCUUACUAUAACAUGGGCUACUACGAGCAGGCUCCAGCUUAUGACCCGUAUUGACAGAACCAGGCUUAUACUCAAGAGGCCAGCGCAGUAGAGCAACAACACAGUGAAGAACAGAUCAAGGAGAAAUUUGUAGACGACCUAUUGAACGACGCUGAGGUUAACCAGCAACAAAAGUAUGAGUUAUGUAGCGAAGAUCACAGAAACAAGACAUUUAACUAA